AUCAUGAAGAUAAUUUGUUUAAAUACGAACUUGCACGCUUAUUAUUCCAUUGUCGUUCAGAAAAAAAUUUGUAUUGACAGAGAUUAUCAACGCAGACAGAAUUAUCCUCGCAGUGGAUUCUCUGAUAUCAAAUGCGUUGAAACUUUUCUAGAUGGAAAGUGCGAUAAUGAUUACGAUUGCAUGAAAAUAAAACACUCAGAAUGUUCAAUUAAUAACGUAUGUUCUUGUAAGAAUAAUUAUGUUCAAUUUAAUAAAACAACAUGUGGGAUACCCAUUUGGGGGCCUUGUUCAAAAAAUGAAGAUUGCACUGUUAUUAAUUCGCGUUGCAAAGAUAAUGUUUGUCAAUGUAAACCUGGUGAUGUAUCAAAACUUCCCAAUAACACUGUAUGUACACUACGAUUAGAUAAAUUUUGUAUUACUGACAUCCACUGCGAGGAUAAUUCUGUCUGCGUUGAUAAUCUCUGUCAAUACAAAUUUUUUUCUGAACGACAAUGGAAUAAUAAGCGUGCAAAAAAUUUGGGACAAAAUUGCACAAUUGAUCAGGAAUGUUUGCAUAACUCGCAUGCUGAAUGUUCAAUAGAUAAGAUUUGUGUCUGUGGAGAAAAUUAUCAUGAAUUUAAUGAGACACUUUGCUUGCCGCUGCUUGGUGGAUUUUGUUCCAAUGAUGAAGACUGUUAUUUUGUUGAUAAUUCUUAUUGUCGUGAUAGAGAAUGUCGAUGCAGACUUCACUACGAGUCGCUUUUAAAUGAUCAAUGCCUAGCAUUAUAUUUGAAUCAAGCUUGUAAAUACGAUAGUGAUUGUGAUCGAAUAGAAAAUUCAACAUGUUCGAAGGAUAAAAAAUGUGUUUGUCAAGCGAAUCACUCAGCUUUUGGUGAGAACCAAUGUUUAGCUCACAUUGGAGAAUUUUGUUUCAACACUGAUAAUUGUGUUUCUAAACCAGUUACUGUUUGUAUUAAUAAUAAAUGUCAAUGCAUUGAUAAAUUUAUUUCACUUCAGUCUAAGGAUAAUUGUAUUCCAAUCAUAUUGGGCGCACCCUGUAAAGAUCAUAGAGAUUGCAACAUAAUAAAAAAUGCUAAAUGCUCUGAAAAUAAUAUUUGUGUUUGUCGUAAUAAUUAUUAUGCUUUGGAUGAAGUUUCAUGCGGACCUUCCAUAAAUGAAUCAUGUUCGAAUGAUGAUGAUUGUAUGGUACCUUCUUCAGUAUGCAUUGACAAUCAGUGUCAAUGCCAACAAAAUUUCUCAGCUGUGUCCCGUUUCCAAUGUGUGAAGAAUAAUUUAUUAUUCUCGUGUAAAAUUGAUACAGAUUGUGGAGAUCCAUGGCAUUCAAAAUGUUUGGAAAAUAAAAAAUGUGGUUGUAAUGCACAAAGUAUACUUAUUAAUAAAUCAACAUGCUUACCACUUAUCCGCGGACUGUGCUGGGCUGACACACAAUGUAUUACAAUUAAAGAUUCCUCUUGUGUUGAUUUCUACUGUCAAUGCAACUCAAAUACUCGUUUUAUCGCUGACAAUAUGUGUUCACAAAUUUUCUUUUCUUAA